AUGAGCGACGAGGAGAUGAUUUUGGAGGCAGACGAAGGUCUCGAGGAGGGCGAGAUACUGGAAGAUGACGAGAUUCUGGAGGAAUACGACAUCAUGGAUUGGAAGAAGCCAAACUCACGGAAACUGGCGAUCAGGGAACGAGGCGACGGAGAUCAUAAUGCGGAUCUGGCAGCAAGGACACUCUAUUAUCACAACAACACAUUCACAACUACGAACUCGAGCAACAUGUCUAACCAACGAUCCCCGGACGAGGAGGCGCGUAUGAUUGCCAAAAUCUACUCGACCGCUUUCUACAAGAAAGUCAGCGAUCUCGCGCGCAAUACCGGCGGUACUGUCUAUGAUCCUAGCAUGGCUCCUCCUCCAUCCCCACUCCUCAAAGAAUUCUGUCCCAUACCCCCAAGCUCUCAAGCUCCACGACCAGACACACCCGACCCAAAGCAAACCUACAUAGACAACUCACUCAUCCCAGGUAAGACCAUCGUCAACGACAACUGGGAAGAAAACCUCAAGCGCAUCUUCGGCGAGACAUACAGUGGAAAGGACUGGAAAGACCUAGGAGACAUGACGUACAAAUGCUGGAUGCACCUCCGCAAGGAGAGAAACCGAAAUCGAAGGAGCGAAAGGUGGAACAUGGACGAGAUCGAGCGCUACGGGAGACUCUCUGUCUGGGGCGUUCAUGACGAUGUGAUUGCAGCGCUCAUUGGGUGGCCGGUUGGUGUGGUAUGGACUCCUGAGGAGCAGGCUCACUUCGAAGCGGCUCUUAUGGAUGAGUGGAAGUAUAUCCAUGUGACACCGCAGGAGGCCCAGGAAAAUGUUGUGGAACGUGAGAAAGAGCUCUCCCCGGAACAGUGA